AUGACGGCUCAGCUUUUGCCGUCCAUUAUUGCGAGUCCAUUCAGCAGACAUUUCGAUACCAGAGCGAACAUCUAUUGUGCCUCCCGAUCAGCAUAUUCUUCCCGCCCAACCAUCUCCUCGGCCUCGUUGAAGCCAUUCUGCGUUCAUCAGGAUUCUCAAGCAUCUUCCUCUUCUGUCCUCUCCUUUGCAUCGGCUCCUGCGCAGACAGACAAAGCGGAUCGUGAUCUGCUGGGCAGUGAGAACAUCCUUCGAGGAUUAGUUCGUCAAACUUCAGUGCAGUCUUCCACCAACGGCCCCAAAGUACAUUCGGAAUGCUACGAUUCCCUGCCAGGAGUCCAGGACGCAAGAUUGCUCUUCGCCCAGCCCAGCCAUGCAGACCCGCGCGGCGAAAUCGAACCUACCCAGAGGUAUCUUGUUAGUACAAGUCAGGCACGCCAACCGUUGGCAGAACUGCAUAACGAGGAAAAGCGCACAUCCGGCCUGCGCCAUAAUUUCAACCUAGGAGUUCGGGUACAACAUCAGCUUCGCACGUCGUUGUUCACGGAACCAUACUCCACAGAGCAGGAAAAAAGUCAAGAUCUGAUUACGCACAUAAGAGAACACACCCGUGACUGGUUUAGCGCUGUUGAUGAGCCUUCUCAAUCUCUCUUCGAGACAUCAUUUUUUGUGGAUACCACCGAAGACGGGCCAAAGACAGGGCCGCACUCCGUCUCGCACCGAAAGAGACACUCCACAGCAUCAUCGGGCUUCGUGCAUACGAUGAAAACAGCGAGUCUCAGCAAUGCAAGCUUCAGCCUUGUUCCUCGGUCUCUCCGCAUCGGUCGCUCAACAGACAGUUCUUGUAUCUUUGGCUCGGGCGCGAGGCCUUCAAUGGAGAGUGACCGUCCACCAACGGCAGCAUCCGUGGAUGAGGCGGCCUUCAGAAGAGCCAUCAAAAGGAGACAAAUUCUUGUGGAGCUAGUCACGAGUGAGGAGAGCUAUAUCGCUGAUUUGAAGGCACUAAUCUACCUACAUUCGACUCUCCUGGCAACAACGAUGACGGUUGUAGGCCGGGUCAGGACAUCGGUCCUAAGGAACGUCCAUGAUCUUCUCUCUGUCCAUGAAAGACUCCUGGAACGAUUGCACCAGGCCGCGUACGAGGCUGCAGCACGAAAGUGGGCAGACACCACCUCACCCCGGCAUCUCGGAUCACCUCCCUAUCGUAAACGGUGGAAAAGCCUCGAGUCCAGUGCCGCGGUCAAGAUGGGUCGCAGCCAUCGGCGAACACGCAGCUCCAUGGAAUCAUCCGAAGCAUCCCGCGGCCGGACGUACCUAGGCGGAGCUGAGCCAAGAGAUGUUACUGAUGUGGCGGCCAUUUUUAAGGAUUUCUUGAGUGACUUCCUGGUUUAUGAGGAGUAUUGUGCCAAUCACAGUCUCGUUGCUCAUGAGUUGCAGCGACAUGCUCCCACACUUUGGUCAACUUAUGAAUCAGGAAUUGAAUCAUUAGCAAGGUCCCUUGCUGCUCUCGACCACAAACAUCAAAAUGAAAGGAAAGGUCUUACAGUUGGUGAUCUCCUUAUCAAACCGAUACAGCGCAUGACCAAAUACCCUCUUCUCUUUGACGAUCUCUUGAAGCAAACACCCGUGGCGGACUGUCCCAGCGCACAUUCUGACCUGGAAGCAAUCUUAACGUGUUUGAGAGAAGUUGUUCAAACCGUCAAUAAAGCCACGGAUAACCAUGAGACUCGAACUCAGAUUCAGCGCCGAUGGUCGCUUCAGACGCGGCUGAUCUACGAUAAAGUAUCUUUACAGGCCGAGCAGUUUCGAAUGUUGGGAAAUAUCCGGUUGAGCGGUGUUCUGCAUGUGACUUGGCAGACAAAGAACAACAGAGUCGAUGGUCGCUACGCCCUCUGCAUCUUGCUCGAUACCAGUCUCGUCGUUGCGUUGCCCGCAGGAACCACUGCAAAAUUCGAAGUGAUCGCUUUCUUGCAUUUACCGGAUACUAGAAUCGAAUCCGCCAGUGAUGGUCGGGGACUUCAAUGUCACUCGACCCUGUACACGUGGAAGAUAUGUUUCGAGGUUGGUGGUCACCUACAUGAGUUCAUCUUGAGUGCCUGCUCGGCAAUAGAGGAAAAUGCAUGGAAGGAUGGCCUACAAAACAAGGAUGCUCCCGAAAGGAGGAUGGACGAGCUAUUGAACCGGAUUCCCUCAAGCAUCAGCCUCAACCUCAGAUCUAUCGGGCAGGUGUACAGUCAGCAAAGUUCGACUCUGUCCAGGAAUCCUUCGGUGCAGAGGGCGGCCACGGUGGGAAAUCGAGCCAACAUCUGUCAAGUCAUCAUUCGCAACACACACAAUCCACAAGACUUGCACGAGUUUCGUCAACCAUCAUCUUCGGUCAUCAACAGAUCUCAGUCACAUAUGACAUCCAACAAGGUUGUUGUCCUAGCACCAAAAAGGUCAGAGCGAGCAAGGCUCGAAUCUACCUUGAAUGAUGUGUGGACAAAGGAGAAAUUGCCAUAUCCAGGAAUGAUUGGCUCUCGCGGUGGUCAGAUAAUCAGAGCCUCGGCAGGCUCGUUGGUCCGAAAACUGAGUUUGGCAUCCAUCCAUGCGCCGUUUUCGAGGCGGUCUGGAAGUUUGUCGCUUACAAGCCGCAAGUCGUUCGAAAUGUCGAUGGAGAGCCGACGUAGCAAGUCGAAACAUUCGACACCCGUCUUUGAAGUGCGCAAAGAAAGUUUGGACGAGGUGACCCCGGCGAGAACGAAGUCGCAUCAGAUACCAGAGGUCGAUACUAUGGACAAUGUGGUUAGCCGGAUGAUAGGGAACUGUGUCUCAAGGAAGUUGUCUAUAUCCCAAGGUCCCCACGGUCUGGCAAGGAGAGGAACGAAGAGCCAGAAGAUCAGUCAUGAUACAGGAGGGCCCGAGGUAGGACCAGAGGAUCCAGCAGAGAUAUUUUAUGCUGAAACGAAGGAGAUGACAGAGAAGCCGGAGAUCGUGGAAGAGGGGCUAGCGGGCAGGAAGAAACGAUGGAGCAAUCCGCUUGGAAUAUUGAAGCUUCUAUCAGCUGAUGGGCUUCGACACAUGUUGUAUUCAAGUAAAUAG